AUGGCUUGUCAGGAGAUGUCCGAGGCAUCUGACCUCGAUGGCGAAGAAGAAGUGGAUCGAGAAAUAGAGGUCCUAGGAGCUUACUUUUGCUGCACACUGGUGGACGUUGGUUUCAAUCGCUUCGCCGCACGCGUGAUGUGGAAUGCAAAAGUUGGCCGGAAGUUGAAGCCAGCUGCCACAUGUGCCAAAGGCCAGUGCCCACCUCUCCAGCCGCAUCAAGAGGCCGUUGCAUUCAUGCUGCAUCCGCAAUCGCCAAUCUCCCGCAUGCUUGUGGACCAUCCUACUGGAUCAGGCACCAAGUGUGCACUCUUCGCAUGGGAUUCAGUUCCUUGCGAGAUCUUGCGAGGCAAGACUCGCGAGAUGAUUUGCGUGUUGGACAACUACUACCUGGACCCACGACCGAAGGUGCCGAUUUUUCCCAAGGACGCUGUGCUCAGUCGCGAUCAGUUGCGCAUCUGGAAAGUUGAAACUCCUAUGGCAUACCCAGGACGAGCUGCCAAGCAAGGGGAAACCAUGAUCUCACAAGUGGUUAGCUAUUCGCCUUCAGGCCUCAGGAUGCGGCCAAAGCUAGUGGCUGUGCAGAUUGGCGCUCUCGGCGGCAGCUUCGCUGGGACCUGGCACCCUGAUGGCCCCUCGGAGCCAGAGUCAGCCACAAGUCGAUGGCGCGAAAUCAAGCUGCUGCACUCGCUCCAGGUUCUUCAUGGGGAGAAUGAGGCGGUCACGCAGGGAGGCAUUUCGCCAUCGCUUUCCCGAAGAAACUGCCCCUGCUGCACCCCUGCGAGCUUUGCGCUAUACAUCUGCUGGGGGUCGCCACGCGGACCUGCGGCCGGAUUCGUGGAUGCAGAAGCAUUUGGAGAAAUCGAUGGCUGGCCCGCGAGCGCUUUGCUGAAGGUUGCCUUCGAUCGUGCACAAGCCGGUUCCAAUGCUUACUCGAACAAGGUCCACAACCUGGUUCGGCUUCAGACCCAGUACUCCGAGCAGCUUGCACGAAACCUCCUGUCCACCGCACGUGGCACUGUCUUGGUGGGCUUCACCGGCACGCCUAUCCUGAACGAGGCAAGCGAAGGGCGCCAGCUGCUGGACAUUGUCAAGGGUGCAUUCGCUCCUCGAGGCGACAGUGGCUUCCUGUCUUCCUUUCCUAUGACGCUGAGACAUCCUUCAGCUCAGUACCGAUGCCACCAGGUCGUGCUAUCCGCGGAGGCCUUGAAGCGUUAUGUGCACUUCGGAAGCCUGCACGAUGGGCGAAGUGGUAGCAAGGCUCGCAUCCUUGCCAACAUGGAGAUCUGCGCUCCGAAGUUGUUUGCCAUUGCCGAAAGCAUUUCGCAGCAUGCUGAGAAGGCCCUGGUGCUGGUCGCACACAGCUCAGGUGUACUGGUUGCGGAUGCGGCGCAAUGCUCCGAGGGGGUCAGCUUUAUGGCGGUUCGAAAGCUUCACCUGGCUGAUGUGCCGGCAUCUCCUAGUGCCUUUGUACAGUCCGUGGGGAGAGCGAUACGAAUGUACGGGCAUUCAGCCUUGCCUGACAAUGAGCAGACCGUGACUGUCCAACUGUGGGUUGCAGUAUUCCCUCGCUGGAUGCGCUCGCCGCUGGCUGCCUGGAGCUUUCGCGCCCAAAAGCGGCGUGAUGCCGGAGACAUGGCGUGUGGUGCUCGGCACUUGCUCCGACGAUUGCUUGCUGCUGGCAUGACGGAUCUGGAAGCGCUGAAACUGCGCCCCUGGACAAAUGCUAUUGAGUAA